CCCAGUGCUGAGGACCAGGCUUUAUUGUCCCCCUAGUGUUGCGGGCGGUGCCGCACGGCAUGCCGGGGGAUGUAGUCCACGCCCCUGGCAGAAGGGGCUGGUGCUGCGGCUCAGCGUACUACAACUCCCAAGAGUCCCCGCGGUAGGAAGGAACUUUCCCUGCCCGGGGAGUGUUUGCCAUUUAAAUAAACAGCGAGUAAAAUGGCGGAGUGUUCGGUGCGGGGAUAAAGGAGCCGAAGAGCGGAGGGAGCGGCGGCAGCUGCGACACUGGGUAGGAUGAGCAGCGCACAGUCCUACAGCUCCUUGUAGCUUUGGGUCUCCUCCGACUCAGCUUCUGAUGUUUGUUUACAAUGAGUGGAUUAGGUGAAAACUCCUUGGAUCCCUUGUCUUCAGACUCCAGGAAGAGGAAGCCCUCGCUGUGUGACACUCCUGGCCCCAGUUUGACCUGUAGCGGUGAGAAGAGGCGACGUGAACAGGAGAGCAAAUAUAUUGAGGAACUGGCAGAGCUGAUUUCAGCAAAUCUCAGCGACAUCGACAACUUCAAUGUAAAACCUGAUAAAUGUGCAAUAUUAAAAGAGACAGUCAGGCAGAUCCGCCAGAUCAAGGAGCAAGGAAAAGCCACCUCCAGUGAUGAUGAUGUCCAGAAGGCUGACGUGUCAUCAACCGGACAGGGGGUCAUUGAUAAGGAUUCUCUGGGGCCCCUUCUUUUACAGGCCCUUGAUGGUUUUCUCUUUGUGGUGAAUCGGGAUGGAAACAUUGUAUUUGUGUCAGAAAACGUCACCCAGUACUUACAAUACAAGCAGGAAGAUCUAGUUAACACCAGUGUCUAUAGCAUCCUGCAUGAUGACGAUCGGAAAGACUUCCUGAAGAACCUGCCCAAGUCUACAGUUAAUGGGGUCCCCUGGUCUAAUGAAGCCCCCCGGCAGAAGAGUCACACGUUCAACUGCCGUAUGCUGGUUAAGACCACCCUUGACCACCUGGACGAUGGCAAUGGAGGGAUGGACUCACGGCAAAGAUAUGAGACCAUGCAGUGCUUUGCACUCUCUCAGCCUCGUGCCAUCAUGGAGGAAGGUGAAGAUCUCCAGUCCUGCAUGAUCUGUGUUGCCCGGCGAAUUACAAAUGUGGAGAGAGCAUUCUCUUCCAAUCCAGAAAGCUUCAUCACCAGGCAUGAUCUCUCAGGCAAAGUGGUGAAUAUUGACCCCAAUUCUCUACGUAACUCCAUGAGGCCAGGAUUUGAAGACACAAUCCGCCGCUGUAUCCAGAGGUUUCUGUGUCACAGCAAUGGACAGCCGUGGACGUAUAAGCGCCAUUAUCAGGAAGCAUACGUCCAUGGUCACGCUGAAACGCCGAUCUACCGGUUCUCUCUAGCUGAUGGCACAAUGGUCACUGCACAGACCAAGAGCAAGCUAUUCCGAAAUCCAGUGACAAAUGACCCUCAUGGCUUUGUGUCUACUCAUUUCCUGCAGCGGGAGCAGAAUGGAUAUCGGCCGAACCCUAAUCCUAUGGCACAAGGAGUUCGUCCGCCUGUACAAUCAAAUCCCACUCCUGGCAAUGCUAUGAAUGUUACAUCUGCUCAGGCUAUACCUCCACAAAACCGUGACUAUGGCAUGGGGGACACAAACAACAUGACACCAAUGUCUGGCAUGCGAUACGGAUCGACCAGCAAUAUUGGGCCUGUGCCCCAAGCUCCAGGAAUGCAGCAACCCUCAUAUCAGAAUAAUAACUAUGGACUAAAUAUGAGCAGUCCCCCCCAUGGGAGUCCGGGCAUAAGCAGCAACCAACCUAAUCUGAUGAUGUCACCCCGCAAUCGUGGAAGCCCUAAAAUGGGUGCCAGCCAGUUCUCCCCUAUUCCAGGGAUGAAUUCUCCUAUGGGGUCCUCCGGGAACGCCAGCGGAGGCAGCUUCUCCAGCAGUUCACUGAGUGCCCUCCAUGCCAUAAGUGAAGGGGUCGGCAGCUCGCUCCUGUCAUCUCUGUCAUCUCCUGGUCAGAAAGCGGAGAGCACCAACAUGAACCUUCCCCAGCAGAGUAAGAUGGGGAACCAGGAGUGUAAGAGUCCCUCAGGAUUGUUUUGUGAACAGGCGCAGGUGGAGAGUUCUGUCUGCCAAUCCAGUGGUAGAGAUCACCUUGGCGAGAAGGAUGUCAAAGAGAAUAUCUUGGAAGGCUCUGAUGGGCAGAGAGCACAAGCAGAAAGUAAGGGACACAAGAAGCUGCUCCAGCUACUGACCUGCUCCACGGAGGAGCGUGGCCACAGCACCAUGAGCAGCUCCACUGUGGACUCUGGGUGUAAAGAUUCCUCCACCAAUGUAACCAGCCCUUCUGGGGUGUCCUCAUCCACCUCCUCAGGCGUCAGCUCCACCUCUAGCCUCCACGGCUCCAUGCUCCAGGAGAAGCAUCGUAUCCUUCAUAAGCUCCUGCAAAAUGGAAACUCUCCUGCUGAGGUUGCCAAAAUCACAGCAGAAGCCACCGGCAAGGAUAACUUCCAGGAGACUGUUAGCUCUGCACCUUGUACGGAGGCCACAGUGAAGCAGGAACAGCUGAGCCCCAAGAAAAAGGAAAACAAUGCUCUUCUGAGGUACCUGCUGGACAAGGACGAGGGUAAGGAGCCUCUGAGUAAAGAUGUGAAACCUAAAGUGGAACACAUGGACAGCAAGCUCAGCCAGUGCAGCAGCUCCACCGGGCCCAGCUCCAGCCAAGAGAAAGACAUGAAGAUAAAAACGGAGCCUUCUGAGGAGGUGACUGGAGACUUGGAUCACUUGGAUGCAAUUCUUGGUGAUCUCGCCGGUUCCGACUUCUACACCAAUUCUAUGAGUUCAGGUAGCGGCAACAUGGCGACCAAACAGCCAGUAUUCCAGGACAGUCCACCACUAGGGAUGAGGAGUCCGCAGAAUGUACCAGUCACUCGGCCACCUUUUAAUCGGGCAAUGUCAUUGGACAGCACAAUGCCAGGAAAUUCCACCCCACCCGUCAGGAAUGUCAGUAAUUUUCCAAUGAUGCCAAAGCAAAGUAUGAUGGGAAGUCCAAGAAUGAUUGAUGCACAGGACAGCUUUGGGCUAAUAGGUAACGGUCCCAACCGGAGUAUAGGCCAGCACCCAGCUGGGGAGUGGGCAAUGCAGAACUCUGCCAUCAGCCGCAUGGAGCCCUCCAGCACGGGGCCAGUUGGGAGGCAGGGGUCAGAGUACAACACUUCCAUGCCACGGCCAGCAAUGAGUGGAAACAUUACAGGACUUCCAGCACGAUCAAAUAGUAUUCCAGGGGCCCAGCCAGUGCUGCCACAGCAAAUGAUGCAGAUGAGACCCAAUGACCUGCCAAUGGGAAUGGGCUCCAACCCAUACGGACAAGCUCCUUCUAACCCUGCAGGUUCCUGGCCGGACAGCAUGAUUUCAAUGGAGCAGGGGCCUAGUGGAUCUCAGAACAGGCAGCUUGGCCGCAGUUCCUUGGAUGAUCUCUUGUGUCCCCCAUCAACUGUAGAAGGACAGACAGAUGAAAUUGCUCUGCUGGAUCAGUUGCACACCCUCCUCAGCAAUACAGACCCCAAUGGCCUUGAAGAAAUAGACCGGGCCCUGGGCAUCCCUGAACUUGUAAAUCAGGGCCAAACUCUAGAUCCCCAACCAGACUCCUUCCAGCCACAAGACUCCCCAGUGCUGAUGGAUCAGAAACCUCCUAUGUAUGGGCCGCCUUAUCCGGGGCAAGGGUCCACCAUGCAAACUGGGGGCUACAAUAACAUGCAGGGGCAACAUGCACCAUUCAAUUCCAUGAUGGGGCAAAUGGGGCAACAACAAGGCAAUUUCCCUCUGCAAGGAAUGCACCCAAGGGCUAGUCUCAUGAGACCCCGGACAAACAUCCCAAAGCAGCUGAAGAUGCAGCUUCAACAGAGGCUCCAGGGGCAGCAGUUUCUGAACCAAAGCCGACAAGCACUGGAGAUGAAGGUGGAGAGUAUGAACGCAGCUGGUGCACCGGGGGUCAUGAGGCCAGUUAUGCAGACUCCAGUAGCAUCACAGCAGGGAUUUCUAAAUGCUCAGAUGGUUGCUCAACGGAAUCGGGAGCUGAUCAGUCACCAACUUCGCCAGCAGCGAAUGGCCAUGAUUAUGCAGCAGCAGCAAGGGCAGUCACAGGGGUUCAGUCCUCCACCCAAUGUCACCGCCACAGCUAGUAUGGAAAACCAGCUGGGUGGACCCCCCAUGCCUCAAGCCCCCCCUCAGCAGUUCCCCUAUCCACCAAACUAUGGAAUGAAUCAGCAGGCUGAUCCUACAUUUGGGAGAGUCUCCAGCCCCCCCAACCCCAUGAUGGCAUCUAGAAUGGCUCCUUCCCAAAACCCACAUUCACAGAGCACACAACUGUACCAGUCGCCAGACAUGAAGGGUUGGCCAUCAGGAAACAUGGCGAGGCCCAACUCCUUUCCCCAACAGUAUGGGCACCAGGCCAACCCAGGCACGUACAACAUGAUGCACAUGAACAGCAAUGGCAGUCACAUUGGUCAGAUGCAGAUGAACACUUUACCAAUGUCCGGGAUGCCGAUGGGGCCUGAUCAGAAAUACUGCUGACGCCGCCCAUCCUGGUCUGAGGCUGAGCUGACUGUAUGAAUGGAUCUGUUCCUGCUUCAGCCUUUUAAGAACUUUCUGCUCCUGAUGUCCUGUCUGAGAUUCCGGGGCAGGAGCCACUGUUGUGUUGGAGAAUCUGGCGGUAACAUUCUUGCAGAAGCCGCUGUGGCCGUUUCAUUGUUAUAUUUUAGAAGUUCAGAAAGUUUUAUCCCAAAGCAUCAGGAACAUUCUUCUUGAUUCCUGCGAGUUUUCAUUUUGUUUUUGGAGUAGAUUCCUAGAAAACUUUGUGACUUCUGAUAGGAGGACACCCGUGUUAAUCUCGCCGUGCAGUAGAUUUUGCACUUUACGACUGUUGAGAUCCCCAGGAUUUUUUUUUUGUCUAUUUUAAAUAUUGAGAUUGCAAUAGCCCAGAGGUUUCAGGAACAUGUAUGGAGUGUGGCCGGGAUUUCCGCUUGUCUCGUACCCCCCCCCCCCCCUUCUUGUGUACACAUUUUGUAUAUAUGAAGAGACAUUAUUAUUAUUGUAUAUGACUUUUUCUAGGUCACUGUCUGUUCCAUUUGUUCUGUUUUUGGUUCUAAGCUUCUGAAGCUGCAUAUUUAAUUCUGAGACUGCCAUAGGUCUAGAGUGCCUCACAAGAUCUUUAGCACCUGCUGUCAGAUGGUGACUAAACUGCAAUUUGUGGGGAUGAUUUCUGGUUGUCUGUGUUACAUCUAAGGUGAAUACAGCAAUACCAUUGUGUUUUGUAUGUUACAGGUAUCAGCUUUGUUACAUGUUCAUUGGCGCUUCCCUUGUAUGCACCACAGGGUAUUACUUACUCCCUGUGUCCACAGCUCCCAUGGAUACAAGUGGUCAUGUGACUGCUGCACAGAUACAAGUGGUCACAGGUGACUUUGAUCUGUAAGGGUUUGUUUACACUGGAUUUAGAAAUGAGUUUGAAGCAAGUUGGAGCCUCUGUGGAUUUUCUGCAGCUAAUGUUGACUUCAGUGGCAUCUGCUGCAGAUUUUCUGCUGCAGAAAACCUGCCGUGCUAAAACUUGCUGCAAACUUUCUUCUGAAUCAGCCCGUGUGAACGUACUCUAAGGAGCGAAGAGGGACUUGAUAUACUGAAUUACAUUGUAUCCUACGGUAGACUCUAGUUGCAGUACAUAGAAAUAAACCCACCAAGGUGACAGAAGUAAAUAUGAGGAAUAACGGCAGACACUUCCCCACUCACCAGAUUUAGAUAAAGGAGUCAAAAUGCACAUUGACUCUAAGGGACUGUGGAUGAGAUCCUGUGGACAGCAACAGAAAACUUGUCAUGAACUUUCAAUGGUUGCUCCAGUCUUCUACAAUUAAAGAGUACCUGUCAUCAACAAAAACUUUUAAUAUGUUGUUCAUAAUCAUUAAUGAAGAGAUAUUGUAAUAUAUCUUAAUUAAAAAAUAUUAUACCAGUUUUUUCAUUUUUAUACUUUUGGCCACUAAGGGUCACUCUUCUAUGCCUGGUCUGCAAGCAGCAUCCUAUGCUUUCCAUAGUAAGUGUACAGCUUUUAGGACUAAUGCUGAAAUGGCUCUGGUCCUUCCACCGGAAGUUCAGUCCUCUCAGCUCAGGACUCACUCCCAGCCUGUGAGCUACAAGCCUGCACAUGCCUCUCAUAUAACAGAGGCCAGUCACCUCCCCCUGCUCUGUGUUUUCCCUGCCCCUCACCGCAGUUAUCUUAUACAUUGUAUUAUCUCACUGCACUCCCUGCUCUGUGCCCCUCCCCUGCCUCUGUAAUUGCUCCCUCAGCCCCUGGUUCUCAGCAUUGACUUUUUAGUGCAGAGAGACAGGCUGCCGAGGGGCUGCCGUCCCUCUCCUGUACUUAGUCUGUAUGCACACUGCAGAGCAGUGUUUCCCAACCAGAGUGCCUCCAGCUGUUGCAAAACUACAACUCCCAGCAUGCCCGGACAGCUGUUGGCUGUCUGGGCAUGCUGGGAGUUGUAGUUUUGCAACAGCUGGAGGUACCCUGGUUGGGAAACACUGCUGCAGAGGGAGAGCAGCAUACAGGAAGACUGGGACAAGCAGAGUCCCCGCCAGGCUUCAUGUGACAUCAUGCCUGUCGGGACCCGCCUCCUUCCACCCCUCAGAAAGACAGUGCUCCUGAGCUAAUGAAGAGGGAUAAAAAAAGGUAUUUCCACAGCGUUUUAAACCUCAAUAAACACAGGGAUAGGCAUAGUUAGAGAAAGGGACAGAUGGGGAGGGGGAUCAGGGAAAGUUUAGAUGAUGACAGGUACUCUUUAAAGUUCUGCAGCUUUAUUAUGAGUUGAAAUGUAUUAAAAAGGUGCACAUCUCUUAAAUUGUGUAUUUUUAAUUCUGCCUUGGAGACAGUCUUAGAGCUGGCGAAAAUGUUCUGGCUUAAAUGAAUUUGACGUAUGAUUGGCCACACCCCCUCCUACUUUUCUCACCAUUUUUGAAAUGGAAGAGUUACAAGAUGCAGAUUAGUGAAACUCCUGUGCACUAUAAUUUUAUAACUUUUUUACACUUAAAAACUGGUGUAUAUGGUUUGCUAAAUUUUAUCUUUUUCUAUUGGAAGGUGUGCAGAAGUAGUAAUUCAGUUUUCUUUUCGGACUGCAGCGUCUGUAUCAUGAGAGGUUUCUUAUGACCUGUGUAGAGGUGUGCAUUGGACCUGGCAGCUAUCAUAGCAGUGACACAGCUCCUCCCCACAAUAUCUGUUACAUUCAGGCGCUACCACUGUUUGCUGUCUAUCCUGCCGCCCCCUCUCACGGUCUCCCUGAAUGUUCCUUGGAUUAUUCCCUGGUUUAAUGGCAGCCCCCAAUAUUCCUCAGCAGGAUUCUUCCCAUUAUAGGCAUGGUGUGGCAUCACGCUCUUGUGAGCUGAGCCAGUCACCUCCCGUAUUCGCGCAGUCUUCCUUCCGCCCAUGUUUGUAGAGUUCUCAUCUAUGUUGGCUGCUUCUUGUUCUGUUUCUCCUGUUAGUUUGGGGUGGCACUUGUUUAUUAAGCAAUAAUGAAUCCGUUCCUCCCGUGCCUUCCCGAUGGACUCGCCCGCCACCCUCCCCCACCGGUCAGGGUAUUGUACUGUCAGUAGAGAAUGAGCAGCUGGCAAGGGGUCUCCACAAAUUUUGUGCAACACGAGAAUGAGCCUAUUACAUGUAAUAAUCUGUACAAUUGUAUAUUUUACAUUUCUGUGUAAUAAAAGGCUUCGUGUCUGGUU